UCAAUUCUUGACAUUUCGUGUAUCCGUGGAGAGGAACGUCUUUUAUGCCCUCGAAUAAAAUUUAAAAUGGGUGUUCAAGAAACAAAUCCAAACCCUACCCCUGAAGACACAAAUGGGAAACAGAAAUCCGACCCAGAACCCAUGAAGCAGUUUUCCAUAGAAAUUUUAAAGUUGAUAAAAGACGCCCAGCAACAGCACGGUUUAAGACACGGGGAUUACCAGAGGUACAGAGGUUAUUGUUCAAGAAGGGUCAGUAGACUUAGGAAGGUAUUGAAAAUACCGCAAGGAGACAGGAGGCAUUUUAAGAAACGGGAUGUCACAGAAGCUCAUAUUGCCAGCCCAAAGGCAGACGAGCGGUUUUUGCAUAUACCUCUGGUAUUGUCUGAAAGGUGUUGGGCUUACGCUAUGCAGUUACGUCAAGAAGCUAACACUGAACCCAGAAAAAAAUUCCAUUUGGUUCAAAAAUUGAGAAAAGCAUGCAUCUAUGCCAUGCAACUUGAUGAAUUAUGCAAGCAAGAAAGAUGCGAUGCUCGUACCCGCCUUGAGGCACAAGCAUAUGUUGCUUGGAUUCAAGGUUCUUUACAAUUUGAACUUCAACUUUGGCAACAGGCAGUAGAAAACCUAAAAAAAUCGCAGGUGAUCUAUGAAAAGCUAGCCUCGGCUUUACCAGAGGAAGAUCAAGCCCCUUAUAAACAAAGAGUUGAGGAAAUAGCUCCAAGCCUUAGAUACUGCGCUUAUAAUAUCGGCGACGAAAAGGCUGUUGAUUUGUUAGAGCUGCGCAGCCAAGGCGUGUUAGAAAAUUUCGAUGCUUUGGUGUCUCAAACUAAAGAGAAAACAGCUGCUAUUUUACACGAAGUUAAGUGGUUCAAUAUGAAAAUCCCUGUAAGAAUAGAGAGAGUUAGAUUAUUCUUAGUAAGCAUAGAAGGGUUGGACGAAUCUUUGAACCAUGCCGAGGACAACCAGGCCAAGAUAAAAAUCUUGGAAAAUUUAUUCAUCGACUUGCGUGAUGUUAUUUCCUUGACCAGAGAUAGUGCCCGUACGGAGAAACAAGAUCAGUUACUUUUAUCUUACCUGUUGUCUAUCCGUAUAGAACGCACUUCUCAGCGUAACUUGCUGUUAAUAAAACAGACUCGCAAACCGCAGGAUUGCGUCCGUUUACUUGAUAUUAACAUUCAGCAAACUACCGAACUGUCCCAGAAUGAGUCAAUUAAGGAUAACAAAGAUGCGCAAAAUUACUAUGAACUUCAGUUGCAGGCGUAUAAAACCUUACGUUCGUAUUACUUGGCGAAGACACACGUUUCUCAGAAACGUUGGAAGGAGGCUGUCGUUUUGUUCGAUUCUUCGGAUAAGGCCAUUAAAAAAAUAAAUCAAGGUAAUUUUAUUGCCGAGUUGAAACAACUGCUUUCCAACGUCAAGGAAAAUGCCGAAAUCGACACCGUAAAUGCCCAAGCUAACUUCGUAUUAGAUCAACAAGAAGACCAAGCCAUUCCUGUUCCUCAAAAGACGUAUAAAAGCAAGAAGCCGCUUAUCGAAAGGUUGGACGAAUUCAGAGAAGAACCCCAGUUGUUGUCCAAGAAUCCCAAUCUUGUCACUUUGCCUCCUCCCAUGGAACCCGUGCCCGCAAAGCCUUUGUUUUACGAUUUGGCGCUUAACUUUGUCGAAUUCCCUGAUCUAACGGAGAAGUUGGAAGGGGGGCAGCCCAAGCAGAAACAGGGGGCUGGAAUUUCUGGUUUCGUUAAGGGGUUGUGGGGAUGGGGAAAGAAAUAAGUGUUUAAUCAUAUCAUUUUAAUUUCAGUGCGGUAAUAUUUUGUUUAUUUUUUAUAGAGGAUUUGGACCUGAAAUGUUGCUUCAAAUAAAAUUGCAAGAAAAG